GGACUAUCCACCCCAGUGGCGCCCAGCUCCCUCCUCGGGGGGAGACUCUGCCAACAGGGAGCGGCCGCUGGAGCGGACCGUGCGAUGGACAGCGAGCCCCGGGGAACCUCCCGAACCACAGCCGGCUCAGGGCACACCUGAGGGGGGCAGCAGCUAAGCGCAGAGGGGACUGUCCGGCAGCAGCAGCAGCAGCAGCAGUAGGCAGUGCCCAUGGAGGAGAAGCAGAGCCCGGAGGCAGUGUUGCCUUAUCCCGGGGAGAGUCCAGGCACAGACUGCUGUAGCACCGACUUACUGAAGGCCGUCUCUGACUCUAUGGGACUCUAUAUGGAUGACCUCCUGCCCCAAGCUGAGCUAGCAGCUACUACCCUGGACACCAAGCCUGGCACCGAGCCUCACAAAACCACCACCAUUGGCCCCAAAACUCUGGACAACCUGGACUUGAUCUCAGUGCCCAGCCUUAGUGAGGCGCCGGCAGCGUCCCCCUGGGUGAACUGCCAGCUGGCUUUGGGUGGCACUAACUCGGACAGGGCUGGUGUGGGGGGCAGGCCGGCAGCUGGCUCCUGGCCCCUGGGCAGUGACCGGGCAUUGGCCCCUGAUGCCAGGCUGCGGCGGGGCUGCCCCGGGGAAGCUCCUGGAGGGGCUGGGGCUGGGGGUACCCUAAAGGCGGAUGUGUGUCCGGACCGACAGCCCCAGCCUCGGGGACAGCUCUCCCCCCUCAACAUCUUCCGCUUCCCGUUCCUGCCUCUGAAUCCCAUCUACCUGGCAGCCCGGACCCACCAGCUGCUCACUGCUGAGGACUCUGACCAUGCUCCAUACAUCCCGGACAUCUCCAGCUCAUACCCGGCCUUCAGUGAGGCCACUCCGCCCAUCUCCACCAGCCCCAAAGGGGAACCCCCUCAGGGCCCAGUGGGCAUGAGCCCGGAGCCUGGCACCACCUUCAGCUACCUGCCCCCUGGUUACCCCCCUUACCCGGAGUACACAGCCCCUUCACCCCCCCAGCAGCAGCCCCGGGUCCCCCCCAGAGCCGAGCCCCCCCUCGAGGAUGCGGUGAUGUUUAAGACCGAGCCGCUGGAUUCCUACAGCCUCUCCCCCCCGGAGGCUGCUCUCGGCUGUAACUUCCUGCUCCAGGAUGAGACCAUGCCAUCGACUUCAGCAGCUCCUGUCAGCUGGUACCAGCCCAUCACAUACCUGGGCUAUCAGGGUGCCACCAAACCCAUGACCGGCACCUACUCGCAAGCGUACUCCCAGUACAGCGGCUUGAUCAGACCAGAGAAUGGAAGGGGCCACAUGUCUCACUUUGCCCCAGGUCUGAGUCUGCAGAAACUCUGUCUGAUCUGCGGAGAUGAAGCCUCAGGAUGUCACUAUGGAGUCCUUACAUGUGGAAGUUGCAAGGUUUUCUUCAAGAGGGCUGUUGAAGGACAACAUAAGUAUCUAUGCGCUGGAAGGAAUGACUGCAUCAUUGACAAAAUUCGAAGAAAGAACUGUCCAGCCUGUCGCCUCAGAAAGUGCUAUCAAGCUGGAAUGGUGUUAGGAGCCCGAAAGCUAAGAAAAUUCAGUAAACUAAAGAACAUCGGAAACAGCCCAUCUUCUCUGCAGUCCGAAAUGACACUAUCAAGUGUCAAUCCAGUUGCAGUGCCAAAGGUCUCGUUACAUUCAGCUCGAGCGGUCCAGUUCACUCCGACACUCGUUUCCAUUUUACAGAUAAUUGAACCAGAAGUUGUUUAUGCAGGCUAUGAUAACAGUCAACCUGACUCAACUAACUAUCUGCUAACCAGCCUGAACAGGCUAUGCGAGAGACAACUUGUAUCUGUUGUUAAAUGGGCCAAAUCUGUACCAGGAUUCCGGAAUUUGCACAUAGAUGAUCAAAUGACUCUCAUUCAAUAUUCUUGGAUGGGUCUGAUGGUAUUUGCAAUGGGAUGGCGGUCAUAUAAACACGUCAAAGGAAAAAUGCUGUACUUUGCUCCAGAUCUGAUUUUCAAUGAGCAGCGAAUGCAAAAGUCUGCAAUGUAUGAUCUGUGUAUAGCAAUGCGACAAAUCUCACAAGAAUUCAUUCAUCUUCAAGUGACCCAAGAGGAAUUUUUGUGCAUGAAAACCUUAAUACUCCUUAAUACAAUUCCCUUGGAAGGCCUUAAGAGCCAAUCUUACUUUGAUGAGAUGCGGAGAGACUACAUUAGAGAGUUGAGUAGAGCCAUUAACUUGCAGGAGAAAGGUGCACAGAGCAACUCUCAACGCCUUUACCAGCUGACUAAACUCAUGGACUCGAUGCAUGAACUUGUCAAGAAACUACAUCAGUUCUGCUUGAAUACUUUUGUUCAGUCCCAGGCACUGAGUGUGGAAUUUCCAGAGAUGAUGUCAGAGAUUAUAACAACGCAGUUACCCAAGAUUCUGGCUGGCCUCGUGAAACCAUUGCUCUUUCACAAGAAAUGAGUAAAUUUCAUUCUGUGUUGUGCCUGAUUGCCUUCAUUUACAGGCAUUGCCUUCAUUUUCUGCAUUAUGCAAGUUGACAGCUUUAUUCUAUUUUUGUGACCAUGACAUUACCGUGAGUGAAGAUUGUUUUCAAAUUUAUUAUCGAAGAAUUAGCAAUGCUGUUUGGCCUACAGUUAUAGUGGGAGUCCAUUGCCAUAGCUGCUCUAUAUGUUUUGUAAGCAAUGAAAUGUGAAUUUAGGUCUUGUUGUUUAACGUGUAACUUCCAGAUCAAAUUGAUUUUGUAUCUUUUGGUACUUUCUGGUAUUUUGUAACUAUCAAAAUAUGUAAAGUUUCUGCAUCGUCUAUGAUAUGAAAUGGAAAUGCUUAUGCUCUUCAAUUUGAAAGCUGCAUCACCCCAAAAUUUCUUUAUUCAUCAUACUUCAUAUGGCAUAAAUGAUAUCAGCGUUUUUAUGUAGUUGUUUCAGUGAAUUGUAUGACCAUCCUUUGCUGUGUCUGAUUAGAAAACCUCCUUUGUUUUGUCUGUCCUUCUGUCACAACCAUCAUUUGUAUCCGAUGCUGAAUCACUACAAGAGAUCAGCUUUACAAAGAUGACUGUCACAAGCUUUUGUGUUUAAUGAUAAAUAGUCUGUUAAUAUAGUUUGGAAAUUUAUAAGUCAAACUGACAUUUUAAAUCCUGCAUUUAUCUGCUCUCAACAUUUGCACCUGAUUCUCAAUUCAACAAAAUAUGCAACUUUACAAUAUUGAUACAACAGGUCAAGUAAACUGAGAUUCUAACAAGCUUCAAGCUAAACUGGCUGCAUAUAAAUCUCUACAUAUGAACAGCUACAAAAAAAGGAUCUUGUAUCAAUGUCAAUGACCAUGUUUGUGAAUUUCAGAUCCAGAGCUUUUAUUAGGGGCUAUAUUAAUCCAUGUUGGUUAGAGACAAUAAUAACUGCAGAUGCUGGAAUCCAAAAUUAACCAGCAGGAGGCUGGAAGAACACA